CCUAAAUGCUCAUAAGAAUUUAGUAAGAUAAUGAAUUCAUUAAAUGUAAAAAGAAAUGUGAAGGUUUUGGGUAUAUAUGCUUUCCUAACUUUUACUUAUGCUCCAAAAAAUUUACGUUGAGAGAAUAAUGCAGCAAAUGUUCAAAUGCCACCAUUUAUUAACAUGUAAGCAUAUUUGGUUGUGUGUGUUUCAUUUAAAAGUGUGUUGCAGUCACCAUACGUGAGCCUUUAAUACUUAGGGCAUCCCCUAAGACUCAGGAUGUUGUUCUGUAUAACAAUAUUAUCAUUAUCACUCAAGGAAGAAAUGAUCAAUUUGUUCCUAAUAUCACAUAAUGCCAGGCCUAUUUAAACAUCCAGUUGUCUCCCAAGUAUCUUUUGGUUCUUUUUUCCCAAACUAGGAUCCCAUCAAGUUAUGUGUAAGUCUUUAGGUUUGAGCAGUCCCCACACUGAUUUUGUUUUUGUUUUUUCUUUUUAAAAUUUCAUGAAGUGACACUCUCAAUUUUAUUUUGAAGAAUUUGAAACCUACAAUAAAGUUGAAAAAAUAGUACAAAGAAUGCACAGAUUCAUCAAUUGUUGAUGCUUUGCUUCAUGUACUUUAUCUCUUUGUUUAGAUUUAUACCUUUCAUUCAUUUGAAAGGAUGUUGCAGAUAUCCUGGCCUCUUACCCUUGUGCAAAGAUCCACCUUACAAAGUAGAAGAAUCUGGGUAUGCUGGUUUCAUUUUGCCAAUUGAGGUUUAUUUUAAAAACAAGGAAGAACCUAAGAAAGUUCGCUUUGAUUAUGACUUAUUCCUGCAUCUUGAAGGCCAUCCACCAGUGAAUCACCUCCGCUGUGAAAAGCUAACUUUCAACAACCCAACAGAGGAGUUUAGAAGAAAGUUGCUGAAGGCAGGAGGGGACCCUAACCGGAGCAUCCAUACCAGCAGCAGCAGCAGCAGCAGCAGUUGUAGCAGCAGCAGCAGCAGCAGCAGCAGCAGCAGUAGUAGCAGCAGCAGCAGCAGCAGCAGCAGCAGUAGCAGCAGUAGCAGCAGCAGCAGCACCAGUUUCUCAAAGCCUCACAAAUUAAUGAAGGAGCACAAGGAAAAGCCUUCUAAAGACUCCCGAGAACAUAAAAGUGCCUUCAAAGAACCUUCCAGGGAUCACAACAAAUCUUCCAAAGAAUCCUCUAAGAAACCCAAAGAAAAUAAACCACUGAAAGAAGAAAAAAUCGUUCCGAAGAUGGCCUUCAAGGAGCCGAAACCCAUGUCAAAAGAGCCAAAACCUGACAGUAACUUACUCACGAUCACCAGUGGACAGCAAGAUAAGAAGGCGCCCAGUAAAAGGCCCCCCAUUUCAGAUUCCGAAGAACUCUCGGCCAAAAAGAGGAAAAAGAGUAGCUCAGAGGCUUUAUUUAAAAGUUUUUCUAGUGCACCGCCGCUGAUACUCACUUGUUCCGCUGAUAAAAAACAGAUAAAAGAUAAGUCUCAUGUCAAGAUGGGAAAGGUCAAAAUUGAAAGUGAGGUGUCUGAGAAGAAGAAAUCAACUUUACCGCCGUUUGAUGACAUUGUGGAUCCCAAUGAUUCCGACGUGGAGGAGAACAUGUCCUCUAAAUCUGAUUCUGAACAGCCCAGUCCUGCCAGCUCCAGCUCCAGCUCCAGCUCCAGCUUCACACCGUCCCAGACCAGGCAACAAGGUCCUUUAAGGUCUAUAAUGAAAGAUCUGCAUUCCGAUGACAAUGAGGAGGAAUCAGAUGAGGCAGAGGAUAAUGACAAUGACUCUGAAAUGGAGAGACCUGUAAAUAGAGGAGGCAGCCGGAGUCGCAGAGUCAGCCUGAGUGAUGGCAGCGACAGUGAAAGCAGUUCCGCUUCCUCACCCCUGCAUCACGAGCCCCCGCCACCCUUAUUAAAAACCAACAACAACCAGAUCCUUGAAGUGAAAAGUCCAAUAAAGCAAAGCAAAUCAGAUAAGCAAAUAAAGAACGGGGAGUGUGACAAGGCAUACCUAGAUGAACUGGUGGAGCUCCACCGAAGGCUGAUGACGCUGAGGGAGAGACACAUUCUGCAGCAGAUUGUGAACCUUAUAGAAGAAACUGGACACUUUCAUAUCACAAACACAACAUUUGAUUUUGACCUUUGCUCGCUGGACAAAACCACAGUCCGUAAACUACAGAGUUACCUGGAAACAUCUGGAACAUCCUGAGAACACAACAACUGGAUGCAUCAAAAACUAUUGGGUUUUUUUUUUUUUUUGGUUGUGAUUUUUUUUUCUUGUUUGUUUAUAUGAGAACACUCAGAAUGAUGCAACCAAAAGGGAAAAAAAUAAAAAUCAAACAACCUUCAGCUUUAUUUUUCUUUAAAGCCAGUCAUCAUCUCUUGAUAAAGGAGAGGUUAAGCCAACCAGCCUCAGCGGACCACUCUUCUCUGCAAGGAAACCCCCGGGAAGAGUUAGCCUGGAUAGCCUUGAAAACAAACAGCUCAAACACAACACAAGAAAACUUAAAGAAUGUGUGUGGUAUCACGUCUCUCUCUCUCUGUGGUGGUUCAUUCCACAGGACGAAUGCAUAUUCAACACACUGCCUUAUUACCUAACUGAUCUAUUUAUUAUCGCAUACAGAUAUUCUAGUCGUUGAGGGAAUGACACUGCAAGACAUUCUAAGUACUUGGUCCCGUGGAUGCUCCUUCAGUGCGGCGCCCUGGCCAUCCGAAGCCCAGUGACCUUACUUGUAUACCGUGCCACUCUGCACCAACUUUUUCCAAGUCCCUUAACUCGUUGCAGUCUGUAUUUUCCAUCUUGUUUUUCCAGUUCCAGGACACAAAAUGAGCAACUGGGGGGACCAAAUAGCCACCCCGAUUUUCUUCUUUGUGGUCUUUUUCCUGAAAGUUGGGGCCCAGUCCUUGGCUGUAUCCAUAUAAUGAUCUUGGACCAUGGUAGGAAACGCACCAAAUAGGAUCAUAUGAAUUGCUGUCUAGCCUUAGUCAAUAAACCUGUAGGACUUUUAAACAUACGUGUACCUGUAAAUGUCCUGCAUCCAACAUUGUUGAGCUGUCAUCAACAUCCUUGUGUCUGUUUCACUGUUAUGAUAUUAGACAAAUAUGGAAGUGAAUGCAUUCCACAGGAUCAUCAUUUUUAAAAAAGGAAUUUUGGUUCUGUUUUCUAAAGAAAUGUUGUAGAAAUUCUUAAUUUGGAUCUAUUUAUUAGUAAGAGUGUCAACUUUCUUCAGCUGCCAGUGUGUCAUCCAUCUUUACCAUAAAAUCUGGAAUAAGAGAUUUUUGUUUGUUCACGUAUGAUCCUCUUAGACUCUUUUAUAUUUGAAAAAUUAAAAUCUUUCUUUGGGGGAAAGUUCUUGGUUACUCCGCCAUAACAGAUGAUGUAUUAACUUGUAGAUUCAGUGGUUCGAUACCUGUUUAGUCACUUGCUUAUGUUUCCGGAAGGAGUUCUUGUAUUGGUGAAAAUAAAGAUGGUUGGGGAGGGGGGAUAUUUUUGUUCUUGAUGUACCCUGUUUUGAAACUAGAAAUCUGUCCUGUGGCAUGCAAAAGAAAGCAAAUUAUUUUUAAAAGAAAAAAAAAAAAAACCCAAAACCAAAGUACUUUUGGUGUCAUUAUUCCAUCCUCUCCAGAACUGGAGAAAUGCAAAACAAGAACAGCUCAUCUUUCAAGUUUUUGCUAGGAAUUCAACCGAAAAGAAACGAAACGAAGAAAUACUUCUGGAUCCAAAGGUUCGUCCACUGGAUCAGCCUUACAACAGUCUAUGUGCUAAUAGACCGGGAUCUCCCUUGUGUAUUCCUAUGCCAGUGCUGUCUUUUCAUACAGAGAUUAACUAGUGUCUGUACAGAAAAUGGUCUUUCCAGACCCAUUCUUUUGGGCAGUAAUGUAAAUGCAGAUUGAUAAAGGAGUUAUUUCUGCAUUUUAAAGGGGGGCUUUUUUUUUUUUACAGUUUCUUUCUAUCCAAAGACAGUUUUUUUCCUUUAAAAAAUUAUAAUACAGCCAUGCUCCUUGUAAAUUACUUCUCAGAAGUGUUCUCCCUGAGGACAAGUGUACUUUUUCCAAUAACGUUACAAUUCUUGAUGAUUGGCCUGAUCGUUCUUGAAGCAUUUGUUUUGGAGUCCACUUCUCAAUGUUUAAUUACAGAGAAACUUUGAGUCGUUUUGGACAUUAGGUGACUGACGAAUUGUGUGAUUUUAGUUGUGUUUUGUUUCGUUUUUAACUUUACAGGUGAAGGGGGAGGGCAAUGCUUAUAUGGAAAUCUUGAAAAAAUUUUAACUGCUCAUUCACAUAUUCUGAUUAAGUCAGAAAUGUAUGUGGUUUAACUAAAAUAUCUGUGUAGUUUCACUAGAAAUGUGUAUAUGUAGUUUGGGCCAUUUUUGUUUUUCUAUCUAAAUUGUGUGAGAAAAACUGUGAUUUGGCAAUGUAAAGAUUUUUCGUUCCUUAGGUUACUAAACAAGAAACUAGUAACAUAAGAAGUAACCAAACAAAAAGGAUAGCAAGAGGAGAAGCUAUUACGGUGAAAACCUUUAGACCUAAAACUUGGGUAAUAAAGCAAAUGUCUUCAGAGUAUCAUCAAAACGUAAGUUUGUAAAUUGAGAAAAUUUGGAAAACCCUACCUUUCUGUUACUGAGUCAGCAAAAUGAUUCUUCCAUGAAAUUCCUAUAGAGUAAGAGUCACGUUGUUGAUUUUUUCCAAGUUGAACUCUUGCUCUCCUGAUUUUUAAAUGCAGAAAUGAUAAAUAAUAAAUCCCCUUUCAAUUGAUUUCAAAUAGUUAUACGUAAAGUAACCCAUUCAGUUCUGCCCCAUUUAUGUACACUUUGAAACCUGUUAAAUAUUUUGGGCAUGUGUGUAUUCUAACAGUGGCUUUGGUUUUUUUUAAGCACAAAGGAAAAAUGGCAGGGUUUAAUUUCUUUGGGGGGUGUGUGCGUGUAUAUAUAUAUAUAUAUAUAUAUAUACGCACACACACACAAAUAUAUGCAUAUGAAAAUAGAUGUUUCAAAUCACGUUAAUUGGGUGAGUAUGGAUAUGGUUUGAGCCAGCCAGAGAAUGAUAAGCUUGCUUUAAAUUUUUCCCUAGCCAUUGAGGGGAAAAAAAACUUACAUACAGAAAUAUUACCCCUUUAUAAGUCAGCUUUUGCCUCUGGUUUUGCAGCAGGAUUGGGUGAGAGGGGUGCUUCUUAGCGUAUAGCAGUCAUGUUAGCAGCAAAGAUCCUUGCAGCUAUAUGUUAUGUUCAUACCAUCCCUCUCUCUGUAGACAAAUAGGUUUGUCUAUAGAUGCUUGCAUAUUGUGUCCAAACAGGGGAGAACAGAAAAGCUUAAGAUCAAGAAACAAAAACUCUAGAAGAAAAAAGUUAAGAGUCCCCUAAACAUUUUUCGUUUGCAAAACAAGCCUCUCUAAUCUGAAUUACCCACUUUUUUGUGGAAAGAGCCAAUAAAAUUGGUUUUCUCCCGCUAGAAACUUUCUCCCACCAAAAAUGUUUCUGCUGAUAACUUUUACAGACCCGGCUCAUCUUUAAAAAAAAGACAGUUUAAGUCUGCCUAACAUCCCACAUACUGUUCUAAGCCCCUCACAUUUAACAAGUUAACAUACUUGUUUAAGAGAGACUUGACUCUUAAAAGUUUUAACUCCACCUUGGUAACGGAGUUGGAUGUUCAGUGUUGGAAAUGGUCCGUGUUUGUGCCGGGUGGCUCGUGUUCAGUUUUCUCACUGUGGAGGUGUCAGCUCUGGGUAGUUUGCUGUAUGCUCCUUACUUUCCACCCUUAGCUUUUUGUGUACUAAUGCUGCGUACCACGUAUGUGCACACGUAUUAGCAUCUUGCUCUGGACUGUUGCUCUAAAACUAUGACUAUGAUGUAGAGACGCCUGCAGCUGCGGUAAAUGCUGAGGAGUUGAUUCCCAUGGUUUAGUUUAGUCUUGGGCUGGACGUCUGCAUCUUUUGACCUCUUUUGUUUUCUAUGAUACUUUUUAUCAUAUAGGCACUGCCAUCCCUGAAUAUCCCUUGUAAAGAUGCAUUGAAGAAGUCCAAGGAAGACAAAGCCACCGCUGUCUGUAAACUGUAAAUAUGUAUUUUGGCACUUGUACUCCUGUCUUCUGAAAAUAGAGUUAUGAUGGAAAUGCUGACAGAUCCUCAAUGGUGGCCAGAGCUACCAUGCAGUGCAAAAGUGAAUUUAGUAAAUUGUAUUCUUGAGAGUAACAGUGCAAGGCCAAUACGUUUUAUAAAUCUGUCGGUAUCUUUUAAUGGAGUGUGUAUGUGUAGUUAUGUUGAAAGAUACACUGUGUUUGUGUGUACAGAUGCCAUUAUGUGAACGCUAAGGCAUUCGUAAGAUGUAUUUCCCAUCUCUCAAACUCAUGUUGAAAUGUAAGUACAGAUGGACGGAAAUAGGUGUUUUACUUAAAUUCAUGUCAAAUCAAUUGUGGCUCCAUUUUCUUUGCAAUGUAUAUAGUCUUCCUGAUUUGUUAAGAGUCAUUCGCCCAAACAUUGGUUUUGCUGUGCAGACAGGAAAAAAUGAGCCCCCUGCCUUUCUGAAGAAGUGAUGCUGGUUCUGAGGAUGAAUGGAGAGAGGAGAACAAGCCCAGGGCACCGUCCACGCCCUGUGGGGUCCCCAGGGUCCAGCACCCUUUCUAUGUCCGAAAACCAGUAUGUUCUUUAAGCGCUGAGGAGACUGGGCAAGAAAUGGUAGGGUGCUGUUGGAAUAAACUGGGUUAUUUGUG